CUCUUAGUUUGGAAAGUCAGAGUCUAAACAUGUCUCGACAAACCUGGAAGAAGUGGCAACUCAUCUUCAUGCUGGUAGACAAUGGUCUCUUCUUUUUAACUGAAGUCAUUUUGGGAUACAUAGGAAAUUCUGUCACACUGAUAUCAGACUCAUUCAGCUUGCUCUCAAACCUUCUGUCUCUACUUUUGGCCAUUUUAACCCCGUACGCCUGCCGAUAUGGUCCCUCCUGCCACAUCACUUAUGGAUUGACACUGUUCGAGGUGGUGGGUGUGCUAUGCAAUGCCGUCUUCCUCUCGUCUCUGUGCUUCACUAUCUUUGUGCAGUCUACCAUGCGGCUCAUUGUGGCACAGAAGAUUGAUGAGCCAUUUUUGAUACUGGUUAUGGGGUCCCUGGGAGUGGUAGUAAAUGCUGUGGAGUUGAUUGUCUUCAGGCCAUUUGGCUUCAGUAAAAAACACAUGUUCAGUUUUAUCAAGAUGAACCGAGAGAGCAGAAAACACAAUGAAACAGGUGACUUCACAACAGUUGACGAUGCAUCUGAUACAGAACAAGCAACUAAGAAAGAGCCCCCUGUGUCAUCAUUUAACAUCCGAGGAGUUUUACUGAACAUAAUCGGGGAUUUGCUUGGUUCCUUGGUGGUGCUAGUGAGUGCUCUCAUCUUCUAUUUUUCACCCCUGUCACCAGAAAUGCCAUGCAACUGGAAAUGCUACGUGGAUCCCUGCCUUUCAUUUUUGAUGGUCUUCAUUAUUAUGAAAAAUGCUUUUCCUCUCAUCAAAGAUGCAACCGCCAUCUUAAUGCUCAAAGUGCCUGAUCGAAUUCUGGUUAAACAGCUCAGUGAAGAUCUCAGCAGUGUUCCCGGAGUGCAAGGGAUUCACGAGCUUCAUAUCUGGGAGCUGUCAUCUGGGCGCAGUGUUGCUUCAUUGCAUGUAAAAUGUGCAGACUCACUCGCUUUCGAGAGCAUCAACCAGCAGGUUCAAGAGAUCUUUCACAAAGCAGGGGUCCAUUCCAUCACUAUCCAGCCUGAGCUUACUUACCAGGAAAAGCCUUCAGGAAAAGAAACAUCGUGCACAGCAUCCUGCCUGUCCUCUGACUGCGAAACAUGGAUGUGUUGCCGAAUAUUCGUCAGCAGGACAGAAGAACUAAAAGAUAAAGGUGAGACGGAGGCUGGAAUCCCCGUGGAAGUGGAAGCGGUGCUGUCUGAGUCUAGUGCUCAGGAUCCUGACCACGCAUGUGUUAGCGAUGGUUAACCAUACAGACACAGAGCCUGAGACUGCACCUGCUUUGAGGGUCCUGGUUUUAAAUGGGACGUUGUUGAGUAAAGUGCAGUUGUACUCACUGGUUUGACGUUUUCUUUGCAUUGAUCUGUUAAAUCUAGAUAAAAGAAAACAAGUGUUUUUCUGUGCUAUAUUGUUAAACUUCUCUUCAGCUGAGUCACGGUUGUAAUAUUGAUUAUUAAACCAAUAAAUGUACCUGAG